AUGGCAAGUAAGAAUGAUGAUUAUGAAAUCUCCUUGAUCGACAAUGAAGCUGAUGCUCGUUACUGCGCGAGAUUACUUUCUCAAGAGUUUGCAACUAAUAAUCCUUUUUCUGUUUUUACUCGGAAAUCGGCUGAGGACACAUUCGAUACUUGGCUAUGGCCAGUAAUAACUCGUGUAAUGGAUGAAAAACUAUCCUUCCUUAUGCGAGAUCGAACAACAAAUCAGAUUAUUGCUGCAAUAUUUGCCUCUGAUCUAUUUCUACUUUGGCAAAUAGAUCCAUCCAAUGAUUCCGCUGAUGCGUCUCAUAGUCCUGAUGGUGAUUUCUUUUACGAAUUAACGGCACAUUUUAUUCACCAUGAUCUCAAUCAAGAAUUGACACCAAACACGUUUUUAUAUAUUACAGCCAUUGGAACGCGAUUUGAAUACGUCGGUAGAAAUUUAGCAAUGAAAUUAUGUGCUCAUCUACGUGAUUAUGCACGAGACCAACGAAAAUUUCAAUACGCAUUUGUUAAAACAACUCAUCCAGCAUCUCGGCGUAUUUUUGUGAAGGGAAUGCAUGGCGAAGAAAAGGCAAUUGUCGAUCCAGCAGCAUGGAUUUGGAAGAAAGGCAAUGAUGAUUCAUGUUGUCCAUGGAAAGGAUAUGUUGGAGAACCGGCAGUCAACAUUCUAGUAAAAUUAUAA